AUGUGGGGAAAAGAUGCCUACUCCACGUUGCAACUCUCGUACGGUUUUCCAUCAGGAUUCCAACAUUACGGCCACGGCACGAAUUUCCCGCAACAGGUCGAAACGAAGUAUCAUCCGCGGAACGACGGAAUCUCCGCGAACAUUUGUUUCGGUUGUGGCAAGCGGUACAAGUGGAGGGACAGUUUGUUGAGGCAUCAAAGGGUCGAGUGUGGUAACAAGGAGAAGAAGUUCUGCUGUAAACUGUGCCCGAAAAAGUUCUAUCACCAGUACAAAUUGAACGAACAUUACCAGGGACGGCACAAGUUACCGAAGCUUCAACGGAACAACUCGCCAGGUGCAGCGAUAGGAUGGUACUAUCAUUGCCAGUCUUUGUACCUUCGACUGAUGGCGGAGAAUCAUAUGGCGGAGAACGUCGACGACGACGAAUAUUCCGCCGCGCAUUCCGGAAACGACACGAACGAGCUCGUUGCCUCGAAGAAGACCAGGGAGAAUGGAUGUGCCGAAGCUUCGUUGACGGGAAAUCACGCGAAUUCGAACGUUCGCGACCUAUCGAUUUACACCUGUCCGCGGUGCGGGAACGCGUACACGAGGCCUCACUCGUUGAACAGGCACAUCAGGUUCGAAUGCGGUGUCGAACCGCAAUUCGAGUGUCACAUAUGUCACAAGAAGUCGAAGCACAAGCACAACUUGGUUCUACACAUGAGAACUCAUCAGAAACAUUGA